AUGACGCGGGCCUGGGAGCGGGCGCUGUGGCGGGGCUGCAACUGGCUCCUGGCCGCCUUCUUCGCCCUGGCCGCCCUCGUGCAGGUGAAUGACCCAGAUGCAGAGCUGUGGGUGGUGGUGUACACAAUACCUGCAGUACUGACUCUGCUUGUUGGAUUUAACCCUCUUAUCACAGGUAACUUUAUUUGGAAGAGUGUCUCUGCGAUGCACAUAAUCUUUUGUGUGGUGUGGGCUGCCAGUUUGGCGUACUACCUCUUGCUUCAUGCACAACAGAACAUCUUACAUGAGGAAGAAGGCAGGGAGCUGUCUGGUCUGGUGAUUAUCACAGCAUGGAUGUGCCUGUGCCACAGCUCAUCAAAGAAUCCAGUUGGUGGAAGAAUUCAAUUGGCUACUGCCAUUGUUAUCACUCUUUUCCCAUUUAUCUCAUGGGCCUACGUAUACAUAAACAAGGAAAUGCGGUCCUCCUGGCCAACUCACUGCAAGACAGUAAUUUAAAUGAAAUCAAGAAUCCUGUUUUUAAAAUGAAUAUUUUCAAUCAAUCUUUUAUAAACAUUGGGGUAACAAGCUAGUUUCCCAGGAGUUUAUUUCAGGUAACUGGAGCUAAUAAUACAGAUUUAGUCCUAAAUAAUGUUUUAAAGCUGCCUACAAUACAGUGUAAGAUUGGAUGGGACUAGUAAGAGACAGGGUCUGACAUUCUCUGGAAGCCUUUUCUGAAGGGUAUUGUGUCACGAUGUAGUAGAAUAGGCACUUGAACAAAAGCUAAGAAAUAUGAGUUCUAGUUCAGCUUCAUCUCUAUGUAACUUGGGCAAAUAAACUGCCUGGUGGAUAUUUCCUUAUGUAUAGAGUAGGACAAAUCCCAGAUGUCCUACUUACUUAUACGGUUGUAAGGAUCAAACUAGAAAAUAUGAGUGCACCCUGAAAAUAUGAAGUGCUUGCAAGGAUCACAAAGGGCUGCACAUGAUUAUCAUAGAGGGGAGCAGGGUUUGGGUAACAUAUUGAAAUAGAGGUUCAAGAGAGGGUGCUAGCCCUGAACUAACCUCACUACACUGAACUGGCACAGUACCAUGAACUAAAUGAGGACUCUAGAUGAACAGGCACAUAUUGGAAGGAAAGGGAAGUUGGGUAGAAUAAAGGAAUUGGGGAUCUAUCAAGAAGGAAAUAGUAUUAAUUACAUUCUAAAUGAGAAAUAAAGGCUAAUAAAGUCCUUGUGCAUUCUUUUUGAAUGAAUGUUCAAAAUCAUCCUAGAGAGGAGAGCAUUUUAGAGCUGCAUUCCACUAUUGCUACCGUACUUGAAAUGUGGCAAGAGUGACUGAGAAAGUAAAUUUUUAAUUUUCUUCAUUUUCAUUUAAAAAUUUGUAUUCAAUUAUUAGAAAAUUUUUAAGUAUGUUUGGAACAAAUUAGGUAUAUGAAUCUAUUUUUCAACUGCAAAUUUUAGUAUAUCAAAAUACAGAUCAAGUAUUUCUAAUGAAAAUUUAGUGUCCAAAUGAGUGGGCUGUAAGGAUAAAGUACACACUGUAUUUUAAAGACAUGACGUGGUAUAAAAAGAAAGAAUGUAAAAUAUUUUAUAUUGAUUACAUGUCGAAAU